GAAACCUCGGCGAGUCGCGCUGCGUUGAAUGAAUAUGAAUAUAUGACUUGAGCUGCUACGGAGACCGAACCUGUACAACCACCCCCGGAACCGACUCGCCAUGCUUGGUAGCUUAUUCAAUACCUUUCUUUUGAACGCGAUUACUCUGCCCUCCCCCCCCCCUCUUUUCUUGGCUUUCACGUCUGUUUUCGGUUUCAGUACGGGUUACCGUGCCUUCUACAAGCGUCACCGAAGAAGUCAACGUUUCUGAUCUUUGUCCAUACGCACCAUCGGUAUCGUUGAUAUCCCUCUCUUUUUUUUUAUGCAUCGAAUUAACGGUGCCUUACGAGUUUGUGAUAUCAGCGUGGCGCAUUACAUAAAGAGUAGCGACGAUAAUAGUUGUGGGCAGCGCGAUGGAGACCCCCCUGCAGUUUCGCACCCGCCGACCACCAAAACAAGAGCUGUACAGCAAACUCUUUGUUCUGUUUCUCUUCGGAGUCUUCUGUGCGUUGGUCGGAUGUUACGUGGGGCCGCUGCCUCUCCCGGAAGCGAAGCACAGCGGCGGCGUCCAUCCUGCAGUCCAGCUCGCCGACGUGGAAGUCUUCACCUUCUCCACGCUGUCGCCCGAGGACCGCGCGCAGCUGGCAGAGCUCCGGGCGCGCCUCUCCGUGCCGUACCUCACGCCGUGGGGGGCCGAUGAGCGACCGGCACUGUUCUUCCUGUGGCACCUGCUGUACCGCAGCCUCAAGCCUGACUUGGAGCACUUCACUGCGGAUCUGCGCAACGUCACGAUGACCGUGACACCGGAAGCGACGGCUGGCCCGCCCAACAACACCGAAACGACAGCAAUAGCGGCUGAUGAAAAGCGGUUCGAUAAGCUGCAAGUGGUAAUUCAGGUCGUGGAAACAGAGCAGGGUUACAUCACCGCCUCCCUCGCUCGCUUCCUGCCGCAGGCGUUGGUUUUUAGCGUGGUGGCAAACAGUAGUGCAGAACGGCGUCGCUCCUAUCAACACUACCGCGACGCACAUAACGCAGAGAAUCCUGCGAGAGUUGCAGCUGCAAAAGAGUCUUAUACGUCUUCACCGCAGCAACGCGCGUACUCGGAGCAGGUGGCGGCGAAGGUCGAGCGUGUGCUGACGAAUCCCGCCGCAGAAGGCGUGACGGAGGCCUCACAACUGCCGGGGAUGCAUCACCUUCCUGUUUCGGCAGAACCAGUUGUUUCCUCCACUCCUUCGCCAAACACCGCAGGUGGAGACGUCACAACCGACGGAGCGGUGACGCCUCAGCCAACGUCCCAGUUCUUCUCCCCUCGGCUUUUCUUGUGUGUGCCGGCAGGCGUGUUCAAUGGAAGCUACUACACCGAUCCCACCACCCAGCAGCUGACGGUGAACUACCAAGUGCUGCUCUCCCCCUACAUUGCACUGCGUGCUGCAAGGACGGCCGCAGAGUUCGAUGCGACGCUCCGCGCAAUUUUCACUCGCGCCAACGUAGCGUCAUUCAUCGCAUUGCCGUGGUUGUGGGACGAUGAUGCAAAGGUAACUGAUGCGUCGCCGCGCCACCGUGUCUAUUUCUACGCGCAGGAGUUGGCAGACUUCGAUCACUGGUACGGGGAUGACGAGGGCUACCCGCUGCGAGUUCUAGCGCGGGCGCUACGCGUGCCAGAGGUGGAGGCGAAGUAUCACGUCUCGAUUGUGGCGCUAGGCGCCAUGCGGUGGGACGGCGCCCUCCGCGAACUCUUUCGGGUAGAAUUGGCACACAUACGAGCCGCUGCAGAGUCAAGACCAACGCCAAACGUCACGACGGCGACGAAAUCUCCAGCGAACGCGACGGAAACCGUAGACAAUGCGACAGCAUUGUCCACAACGUCUCCCGCGUCGUUCGGCUGCGCGGCACGCAGUAAAUUCUUGAAUUGCGCACCUCGAGCGCAGCACGCCAGCUGCGAGCGCUUUUCUGAUAGUGUUCUUUCGUAG